UUCUUAAGUAAUACUGGUUGGAGUGGUGCGAGGGUGUGUUGUGCUGUGUGUCCGGGUGUUCUAAGCGUGACGCGUGAUCGGUUUGUUAACUCCGUGACCGGGAACACUGUGUGUCAAGGAGGGAAAAAAAACCUCUCCUCCUCCCGUGAUAGAGAGAGGGCCGAGGGAGUGCCAUGCGUUACGAAUCCACGGCAUCUUCGCACGAUGACUGUUUAGUUUAGCAUAGAAGAAGCCACGCGCUGUCUCCUCGCGGCUGAAUUCGAUCGCUGAUUUGGAAAUGCUCGUAUGAGCCUUACGAUACGACCUGGGUUUUAGUUCAAGAAGCUGAAAGAAAGACUAAAAACAUGGGAUGCAAUGCGGGCCGAUGCCUCGGUCCAGACGAUACGGGGUACCCUGGAUCAGAAUUCAUGGCAGCCAUUAGGAAGAAAUUGGUUAUCGUGGGUGAUGGUGCUUGUGGUAAAACAUGCUUACUCAUAGUCUUCAGCAAAGAUCAGUUUCCCGAAGUGUAUGUACCAACGGUAUUUGAAAACUAUGUCGCGGACAUUGAAGUCGAUGGGAAGCAGGUGGAACUGGCUCUUUGGGACACAGCUGGACAAGAAGAUUAUGAUAGGUUGCGCCCAUUGUCGUAUCCUGACACGGAUGUAAUCCUAAUGUGUUUCUCAAUCGAUAGUCCCGAUUCCCUGGAGAACAUUCCUGAGAAAUGGACACCAGAGGUGAAGCACUUUUGCCCAAAUGUGCCCAUUAUCCUUGUUGGAAACAAAAAAGACUUGCGCAAUGAUCCAAAUACCAUCAAGGAACUUAGCAAGAUGAAACAGGAACCAGUAAAGCCAGAGGAAGGUAGAGCCAUGGCUGAGAAAAUCAACGCUUUUGCUUAUCUUGAAUGUUCUGCUAAGAGUAAGGAAGGUAUUAGGGAAGUAUUUGAAACAGCCACCCGAGCUGCGUUACAAGUAAAGAAGAAGAAGAAGGGAAGAUGUUGGCUUCUUUAAGUAAAAUGCCAAGCGAGCCUGAUAGCGGGCUAAAUAAUGGAAUUGCGGAGCUAGCUGCAAUGAAGCUAGUUGUUAUGCUCGGAGGCCCCCAGCGGAAACCAUAAUAUAACAACAACUUAUCUUUAUUUUACACAAUAAAACAAAUCUAUAUAUAUAUAUAUAUAU